ACCGGACGGUCCUGCUCGGGAGGCGGCGGCGGCACUCUGAUUGGCUGCCCGCCCUGGCCAAUGGCAUGUGGGGGAGUUUGAACCUUCAGAGGCGGAAGGAGGCCCUCCUCGCGGGACGAACGCGCGAUUAACUCCGCGUCCGUGUGGACGGGCUGGGAGCAGCAAAAGGAAGAUCGGGUACCCUUUUGGGAGGAAGGAGAAGCAACAGAGUCACGAGGAGGUGCCCAUCCAAGAUGGUGGACCACCUGGCGAAUACGGAGAUUAACAGCCAGCGCAUUGCCGCGGUGGAAAGCUGCUUUGGUACCUCUGGGCAGCCCUUGGCCGUGCCGGGAAGAGUCCUCCUGGGCGAAGGGAUCUUGACCAAAGAAUGCCGCAAGAAGGCCAAGCCGCGGAUUUUCUUCCUUUUCAACGACAUCCUUGUCUACGGGAGCAUCGUCAUCAACAAGAGGAAGUACAGCUCCCAGCACAUCAUCCCGCUGGACGAAGUCACUUUGGAAACGUUGCCGGACACCUUGCAGAUGAAGAACCGGUGGAUGAUCAAGACGGCCAAGAAGUCUUUUGUGGUGUCGGCCGCUUCCCUGACGGAGAGGAAAGAAUGGAUCAGCCACUUGGAGGAGUGCAUCCGCAUUUUGUUGUCCAAGACGGGCCGGCCGCCCCCCACCGAACACGCCGCCCCGUGGAUCCCUGACAAGGCCACCGAUAUCUGCAUGCGGUGCACGCAGACCAAGUUCUCCGCUAUCACGCGACGGCACCACUGUCGGAAGUGCGGCUUCGUUGUGUGCGGAGACUGCUCCAGGCAGCGCUUUCUCAUGCCCCGGCUCUCCCCAAAGCCGUUGAGAGUUUGCAAUCUGUGCUACAAACAGCUCAUGGCGGAGAAACAGGAAGCCGAAGAGCAGUCGAAACGAGUCCCGUCUCCUCUGUCCGGCUACGAACCUUCCAGCGGGGACGACAGCGACCGAUCCGAGGAGGAUCGACUGGAAUGGUCGCCGGAGGCCGAAUUUUACACAUCGGACGUGGCGUGGUCAUCGUUCCAUAGUUGACCUCAAGUUCAUUUUGGGGACCUUGUUCUUCAACCUACAAGAAAGGAGAUUCCAUCUCAACAUUAGGAAGAACUUCCUGACUGUGAGACCUGUUCAGCAGUGGAACUCUCUGCCCCGAAGUGUGGUGGAUGCUCCUUCUUUCGAGGCUUUUAAACAGAGGCUGGAUGGCCAUCUGUCGGGGGUGCUUUGAAUGCAAUUUUCCUGCUUCUUGGCAGAAUGGGGUUGGACUCUCGUCCAACUCUAGGAUUUUAUGAUUCUAUUCUUUCCAAAGGACACACCUUUGCCUUAAUGUUCUUUCAGAGGAGUGGUUUUAUAAUUAUGCAGUUUAGUUCCAUAGCACAACGUUAACAAAAUUUGAUAUAUUUUUUUGUUCCUAAUUUGAAAGUGUUACUCCUGUUUAAUCGUGUGGUACUUAAUUUGAAAGUAGUUCUACUCCAGAAACUUCAUUUUUGUGGCUGCCACAAAUUCUGUUGAAUUGCUUGAGAUUCUCUGAGACAUUGAAAAACUAUAACAAAACGUGCUGCAAGAUGUCCCUCCCGCAGAAAGAAAGUUUUUUGCAGUUUGAGAAACCUUUUCCAUGGUUUUGUGAUAGACUUCCUUAUGUGAUCCAGCAUAGCCCAAGGAUAUAAUAAUAAUAAUAAUAAUAAUAAUAAUAAUAAUAAUAAUAAUAAUAAUUUUUUGGUUGUGUCCCCUGGACAACGUCCUUGCAGACGGCCAAUUCUCUCACACCAGAAGCAACUUGCUCCUGACACGACAAAAAAAAUUCUUCUGCAGAGGUGUUUAAAGUGGCUUUAAGGUCUUCUGAAUGUGCACAGACUACGUUAUCAUCAGCAUAUUUGAGUUCUAUAACAGAUGUUGUCAUGACCUUAGUUUCCGCUUUCAGUGUUGACUUUUGUGGAGAGGUGGCUGCCAAGGGAGCGGAAAUGGUCAACAUUUUCUAAUAUUACACCAUUAAGCUGUCUUUCUGGCAAUGGAGAGGGAUUGGCUGGUGACUGGUGGAACAGCACUUUGGUUUCCUCGAUGUUCAAUGGGAGGCCGAGCUUCUCGUAUGCUUCUGCAAAGGUGUUUAGAGUGGCUUUAAGGCCUUCUUCUGAAUGUGCACAGACUACAUUAUCAUCAGCAUAUUGGAGUUCUAUAACAUAUGUUGUUGUGACAUUGGUUUUGGCUUUCAGUGUUGACUUUGGUGGAGGGGUGACUGCCAAGGGAACGGAAAUGGUCAACAUUUUCUAAUGUUACACCAUUAAGCUGUAUUUCUGGCAUUGGAGAGGGGUUGGCUGUGACUGCUGAAAGAGCUCUUUGGUUUGCUUGAUGUUCAAUGACAGGCUGAGCUUCUCAUAUGCUUCUGCAAAGAUGUUUAGAGUGGCUUUAAGGCCUUCUUCUGAAUGUGCACAGACUACAUUAUCAUCAGCAUAUUGGAGUUCUAUAACAGAUGUUGUCAUGACCUUAGUUUUGGCUUUCAGUGUUGACUUUUGUGGAGAGGUGGCUGCCAAGGGAACGGAAAUGGUCAACAUUUUCUAAUGUUACACCAUUAAGCUAUAUUUCUGGCAUUGGAGAGGGGUUGGCUCUGGCAUUGGAGAGGGAUUGGCUCUGCUGGAUGAGAUCUUUGGUUUGCUUGAUGUUCAAUGAGAGGGCGAGCUUCUCAUAUGCUUCUGCAAAGGUGUUUAGAGUCGCUUUAAGGUCUUCUUCUGAAUGUGCUCAGACUACAUUAUCAUCAGCAUAUUGGAGUUCUAUAACAAACCUUGAUUUUGGCUUUCAGUCUUCUGAGGUCAAAUAGAUUGCCAUCUGUCCGAUAGAUGAUUUCACUCCGUUGGGAAGCUUCCCAUCCACCAAAUAGGAAAUGACAUUUAUAACCCAGGAACAAAAAUUGUGUUAUGUAGUAUAAGGGAGUGCUUAUGCCUCAGGCUAUAUGACCAAGGAUUCGAGUGUGGAAAUCGUAGCCUGAAUUUGGUCCAGAAUAUGCCACAGAACAAUGAACAUUCUCCAAUUCUGCUGGGACUCACAUUUUUUAAUGCUGACACUGUCCUGGUUCGGAUUGCAACGCAGUUCAAAACCUGUGGAAUAUACCAGAGAAGGCUGCAUUGUUUUAGUCUGGGAGUUUGAAGUAGUUCUCCCUUUCUAGAAUAGGAAUUAUUGCCAUG